CAACAAACACCCAGUUCUACAGAUCACACCGGUCUGUAGCUCAUUAUUAUAGAGCGCCAUGAGAAUCAUCAUUUUCCUUGGUUUGUUCUCUCUGAUUGUGAAUGGUGUUGGGUUUGGUGAUCCAGAUGAAGUGAAGUCAGUGUCAGUGACUGAGGGACAUUCUGUUACUCUACACACUGAUGUCGUUAAACAGAGAGAUGAAAAGAUAGUGUGGACUUAUGGACCUGAAGACACUAUUGUGGCAAAAAUCAUUGGAAAGGCCAAUAGUUUCAAGUUAUCUGAGGAUGAGAGAUUCAGAGGCAGAGUGAAUCUUAAUAAUCAAACUGGAGAUCUCACCAUCAGUGAUGUGAGAACUGAUCACACUGGACUCUAUUCACUGAAGAUCAGCAGCAACAAUAAACCCUCAUACAAGAAAUUCAACGUGACUGUCUAUGCUCGUCUGCCUGUUCCUGUCAUCAGCAGUUCUUCAUCAUCAGAAAGAUCAUCAAGAUUAAAAUGUGUUGUGUUGUGUUCAGUGAUGAAUGUGUCACAUGAUGUGAGCGUCUCCUGGUACAAAGGAAAGAGUUUAUUGUCCAGCAUCAGUGUGUCUGAUCUCAACAUCAGCAGCAUCUCUCUUCAUCUGGAGUGUCUGGAUGAUUCUUACACAUGUGUGCUGAACAAUCCCAUCACAAACCAGACUCAACAUCUCAACACUGAUGUCUGUCACACGUGUUCAGAUUCUCCUGCCAUGCGGGGCUUUGUAAAUACAUUUAUAGUUCUUUCUGUUUUCUGUUUGAUCUUCGUGAUCAUCAUCGGUGUCUGCAUACACAACAGAAGAGGUGAUAAAGACACGUCUUACCAUCAUCUUACAACAAAUCACCAUCAAGGUCCUGCUCAUAUUCCCUGAUGACUCAGUCAUAAACGAGGAAAUAAUGUUACCACACCCCUUUUUUAGAACAUCCUAUAACUUAUUCAAAAAAUGAACACUUGGACUUACUGUACAUCGACGUGAUAAAACCUGACGAAAAUAACAGAAAACAUCUUUGGAAAGAAAUAUUUGAAGUGUAAUUGGAUUUCAUAGUUUGGCUCCUGUCCCAUUUGUUUACAUGGAGAGGGCGGGGUUUAUGGCCUGUACUGCAGGCAGCCACCGGGGGGCGAUCAAAGAGCUCUUAGCUUCACUUUUCAGCACGUGUGAGGCACCCCUGACUGGAAAAAUAAAUAAAUAUAUAUUUCAAUGCUCUGAUUUUAAAUUAUAAUUAAUUUGAGACCCCCUUUUGGGCCAUUGCCCCCAGUUGAGAACCACUGCUUUAGAGGGUUUUACAAAGGUUAGGGCUGAAGGUCUGGAACUGGCCCAAGAGGCCAUAUGACUGACAGGUAAAGUAACCAAUCACGUUUCGUUUUGUGUUUAGAGGCAUGUAAAUGUCCCCACAUUAACAGACUGGUGGACAUUCAUGAACGUGUCAAAAGUUAACAGCAACAACAAUGAUUAUAAGUUUAUGCCGUGAACCUCGCACACUUUUAAGAAUUAAGCGUUUAGUCGUUCGUGAUGAAUUCUUAUUGCAACCGAUGUAAACACGACAGCUUACUUCUUAGAUCAGACGGCUUCAUGUUGUUUCCAUGUGGACCGUUGAAGAACGCGACACGCAUGUCUCCCGGAAAUCCUGUGAAAUUCAGCCAAUCAGAUGACGACUUCCAACGUGCUGAAGUGUUUACAUAAAAGUGUGUCUUGUGCAUCAGACGUUUAGCCAACGGUCCGUGAGCGUGACGUCUGAGGCUGAGACUAGGGCUAGAAGGGAUACAGCUGCAUCCAAAUCUCAUGAGAUUUUAAAUGUAGAUGUAGGGUUGGGGGUAGGAUUAAGAUGAAAACAGUGGCGAGAUUUUGCGAGAUUUGGGGCCGUAGCGGUAACACUUCUAGCUACAACCUUUGACAAACGCAGCUUCUUUUACUGAAAUGGCUGUUGGUGAGCAAUCGUAUCAGAUUUUUAGAAUUCUGGUUGAUUGUGAAAUCUGGUAGCAGCAUACACAUAGUGAGUAUCUUGACAGAUUCUCUUAUUUAAAAUAGCUCAUACUUAAAGAUUGGAAACUCAGACCUUGGGGGGGGAGGGGGGGAAUUGUGGAUGUCUUGACAGUACUUAUGUUUUAUUAAUUGUGCCUGUGUCACACAUAUAGUUAACAUAUAGAUGUGAUUGUAUUAUGUUGCAUCACACAUCAAAAUGUCACAGGCGGUGGUCACACAGACGGUAACUUACGCUGAGAUCUAGGGUAAGAAUGUAGAAGGUUGGUACAAGAACAUCACGCCAGAAGAACCAGGCUACACAACCACCUUCAAUAAACUUUUU